UUCCUAUUUCACUCGGUGAUCAAAGCUCUUUUCUCGUUGCUCUCUGGCAGCUACCAACAGAUGCUACACAGAAAUCUAGUGUAUCUGGCCACAAUAGCAGACUCCAAUCAGAACAUGCAGUCUCUGCUUCCCGCCCCACCCACUCAGAACAUGCCCAUGACUCAGAGUGGAGCGACUCCACAGCUGCCCCACGGUCACAGUAUGCCGUCAGACGGGCCGCCCGCAGCACACAUGCAGGGCCAGAUGAACGGACAGAUGCCAGGUCCAACCCACAUGUCCAUGCAGGGCCCCGGGCCCAACCAGACACCCAGCAUACCCAGCGGCUCCAUGAACAUGCCACCCAGCAGCCAUGGCACCAUAGGGGCGUAUAACCACACAGUGCCCUCCUCGCAGGCAAUACAGUCACAGGGGCAGAUGAACAUGAGCCAGGGGCAGCCCAUGGGCAACUACGGCCCUCGGCCCAACAUAAACAUACAGCCCAAUCAGGGGCCUAUGAUGCACCAGCAGGCUCCUUCCCAACAGUACAACAUGGCCCCUUCUGCUGGCAGUGGGCAGCAUUUCCAGGGGCAGCAGAACCCCAUGGGCAUAAUGGGUCAAGGCAAUCACGUGUUGGGACAAAGGCCCAUGCCUCCCUACAGGCCUCCACAUCAAGGACCUCCUCAGCAAUAUCCUGGUCAAGAGGAGUACUACACGGAGCAAUACAGCCAUGGAGGACAGGGGGCGCCAGAGGGUAAUGCACAGUUUGGUCAGUGA